UGAUUCGUCGCUCUGCUCACUUAUUCUUGCAUCAGCAGACCGAGGAACUGAUCACACGAUGCUGCUGGAGUUUCACACUGAGGGCAGUUCAAUAAAUCUGAGGGAAAAGUGAACCUGAGGCUGCAUAUUACGGAUAAAGAUUAACCUGGAUACGGCGCGCUGCCGGAGUUUUGCGCACGGAGAGCGGAGCGCACAGUGCGGAACUUGAGCGUCCUCCGGGGAGAACUUGACCCUGCUGCCUGACUCGGGUCUGCUGGAUACGGCUCAUAGAUGAGAACCACUCCGGAGACAGAGCUUCUCCGUCGGACAAAGAGCCUGUCAGUCUGGAGCAGCACCGGCGACCAUGUCGGACCUCUCGGUCACUAACGACACCGUACCGGUGGCCGCAGCCGCAGACUACAACUUCCCAGCGCUCAUAUUCGGGAUCCUGCUGAUCGUCGUGGUCACUGGAGGAAACGUGCUGGUGUGUCUGAGCGUUUACCUGGAAAAGGCUUUAAAAACAACCACUAAUUACUUCAUAGUGAGUCUGGCGUUUGCAGACCUGCUGCUGGCGGUGCUGGUGCUGCCGCUCUUCGUUUACGCAGAGUUUCAGGGCGGCGUUUGGUCCUUGAACAUGCUGAUGUGUGACGGCCUGAUGACCAUGGAUGUGAUGCUCUGCACGGCGUCCAUAUUCAACCUGUGUGCCAUCAGCGUGGACAGGUUCAUUGCAGUGUCCAUCCCCCUGAACUACAACCGUAGACACGUGGACCAGCGGCAGCUCAUCCUGCUGUCUGCUACCUGGCUGCUGGCCUUGGCCGUGGCUUCCCCCGUCAUCUUCGGCAUCAACAACGUGCCUGACCGCGACCCCAGCGAGUGCAAGCUGGAGGACAACAACUAUGUGGUUUACUCCUCCGUCUGCUCCUUCUUCAUCCCCUGCCCCAUCAUGGUGCUGCUCUACUGUGGGGUUUUUCGCGGGCUACAGCGCUGGGAGGAGACGAGGAAGGCAAAGCUUCGCAGCAGCAUCGAGGCCUGCAGGAAGCUUCAGCACGCCGCCGUCGCCACCGCCCUCCCCCCGCUGGCUGGAACCAUCCCCGGACCUCUGCCCAUGCCGCUGCCCAGGAUCAUAGAGAGGGACCUGGCCCAGAGUCGGCUGGACGACUCAGGCGACUACAUCCACCAGGAGAUCCCUUAUCCUCGGCAGUAUAGGGAGAACUCGGUGCCCACGGUGACCUUCAGCCAGCAGCAGAUGAAGAAGAGAGCAAAGAUCAACAACAGGGAGAGGAAAGCGAUGAGGGUGCUGCCCGUCGUCGUAGGUUGCUUCCUGUUCUGCUGGACUCCGUUCUUCGUUGUCCACACGACUCGAGCCGUCUGCCUGACCUGCGACAUCCCUCCCGGCCUGAUGAGCACCGUCACCUGGCUGGGCUACGUCAACAGCGCCCUCAAUCCCAUCAUCUACACCAUCUUCAACACCGAGUUCAAGAAAUUCUUCAAGAAGUGUUUCCGCAGCUGCUGCUGACAACAGAUUUUCCUCCACAGACUCGAAGAGGAAGUUUCGGUUGGCUUUACAGCCCGCAGUUAUCGACCGGGAAGUCUGAGGCCUCCAGUUUCACCAAUUAACUCUGUACGAGAAGAAGAUGGUUGCUGGAAAAGUGAUAAAAGUUUCAUCCCCAGGUCCAUUUUCUGAUUUGCUGAUGAGGUUUUCUGAUCCCUGCGGAUUACUGGCGAGAAAAAGUGAUGCUGUUUGGGUGGUAAGCUGCAGAAAACAGCUGAACUUUGACUCCCCAGUCUGAAAUGAAGAUUUCAGUUUGUCUAUAUAGCACUUCUUCUUUCUUUGGAGUAAAACCACAUAUCAGCCUUGGUUGGGGUUAUGGUCUGCAAGUUCCAGCCAAGGAUGUGGGGAUUUGUACCGAUUCUGAGCAGCACUACUGUCUGAAAGGAUAAUCUCAGGGCAAGAAAAUCCCAGAGGUUACAGAAAGACUGAAUAAGCUUCAGCAGAGCAGAAUAACAAACAGCUGAAAGUAGCUUCGCGACCAAAUAAUCCUCUAAAAUCAGCACCCCGUGUUCACUUUUGAAGAUAAGUUCAGAGCAAUAGCUCCCCGUUUCUGACACUGCUUUUAUGUCCUGGUUAGCUUAGAGUGAAGACAGAAAAAAACAGGACUGUAUUCCACUGUCUCCAUGAUCCAUUUCAUUAGAGCAGCUUUCAAAUGCUUGUUUCUAUACAACUUAUUCUAAUGAUACACUACAGUUGUUUCUGUCUUCACACACACUCAGUUUGUCCUCUGUUCAGUCUUCUCCUGCUCUCUGCUCUCACAUAAACUGUAGUUAACCCUCUGAACUCCAAGCAGUUUCUGGAUGGUUUUUUCUCCCGUCACAUUUUUGCUCACUGUUGGCGCAUUUUUCACUGCAAAAUAGAAACUCCUGCAACUUCUAUGGUAUAGAAGUAAAAAGAACUCUAAAAUGUCUUGUGUGUAGCAUGAGACAGUUAAAAUGGCAUAAAUUCUAAAAAAAAAAAAAAAAAAAAAAGAAAGAAAAACAAAAAUUGAAUUUCAUUGAUUAUUUCAUUUAGAAAAAAAUGAAAAACACCUGGAAUCAACAUGUGCAAAGAGUGCUCAAAGGUGUUACUAAUACUUAGAAGAAAUGGUCGCUUUACAUAACACAGAUACUUAUCUACUGAAAUGUUUAAUUAGUUUCCCUUUGUCCAUUUGUUUCUCAUCUGCUUGGUGUAAACACUGCCUUGAAUUUUUGUCAUGUGACCACUGGUAUUAUCUGAGGGACUAAUGGCUUCAUAUUUACACCAAGAAGCACUGAUUUUUAUUUACUGAAAUUUUGUCAAUUUUUUCCAAUAGAACAUUACAUCACAGAUGAGUUUAAUUUUUUUACUUUUUUUUUGGUUUUUUUGAUUUCUGAAAGUUUAUUUUGAAUAUUUCAACAUAAAAAGAAAACAACAAAAGACAAUGAAUAAUUUGCUCAAAAAGGAAUGGGAAGAAGUCUAAACUUAUCUAAUCCCACUCCUCCUUACACAAAUGAUCUAUUCUUCCUUUCUUACCUUUAUUAGUAAUAAUACCAAUAAUAAUAAUAAUAAUAGUGAACAUGAUUUAUAAUAAAUAUACACUAAUAUGCCCAUUUACAUUUAUACAAACGGACAAAGACAAAAGGACCAAACAAUAGCAAAACACAACAAAAAGAAAAGGAAAGACCCAACUAAUAAUACACAUAAAGAAAACAAAUCAUUAAAGAUAUAAAUAAUUAUCAACAGUAACCUUUGCACACCCAGUGACUGCCACACCCCCACUUCAUGAGCAGUUCAAUGAUUGUCGAAAAGGUGAAAAUCUCAUCAAUUUUUCUGUUCUGACAGUUUCUGGCUUUGAUAAAUCGGGUAAUUUGGGGGAUUUAAAAAAAAAAAGAAACAAUGUAUACCAAAUCUGCCAGCAGGUUUUGGGGUUCAGAGGGUUAGAACAACAAAUUCACUGACAGAACCAAGCAGGUCUGCCUUACGAAACGAUCCAGAUAUUCAGCAAAACCUCACAUUUUCAGUGUGUAGGUCGCUGCUCGGAGGUCGUUGUGGUUGUUUCCGGAAGCAACAGGGAUUUUAAAAAUGGUUGCACAUAAAUAGUGGAAGGGGAAGCCAGUGGACUUACACCUGAAGUCUACAUCUGGUUGUUGAGUUCCUGACACUUAUCAAACAAACCAAACUUUGGGCUCAGACGUCCUGUAUAUGGAGCAGAAGCAUCCUCCAAGUCUAUCUGGGAGACAUAAAGCACCAAGAGAAGAUGAAGAGGCUGAUGGAAGGAAUGUGGAACCCUGCUCAUGACUGAAACACGAUGUUGGGAUGUUUUUCCUUCAAAGGAAUCGCUGUGAAGGAUAUGAUUCAACAAACUAUUAAACAGUAGAGAACUCGGCGCAGUUGAAACAACUCACCAGGGCAUUUAACUGUAACUAUGAGCUAUGAACCCAUGAAAACAUCCAUUUAAUAUCAUGAUCAGCAUUACGCCUUAAGUUCAAAGGAUGUUACCGUCCAUAGUGAUAGACUUUAACAUUCAUCAGGUCCCAGAGUAGUAGUUUUGAAAUUGUCAAAGCUUAUUUCUUUUCCUAUUUCCUGUCAGAUUUGUAAUUCACACAUUAUCGUCCCGACUUUAUGGAAAUGACAGUUUCCUGUUUUCUCUGCUUUUUCACAAGAGUAAUAUGAUUCAUUACAGCGCUGAGAGGAUAACACAUCAAGUUGUAAUAAAAAGUAAAAUAAGCACCACAAAGCAGAUAAAAAGUAGAUCUGCUGCCUGUUAGUGAUUUAUUUUAAAAAAACCAAACACGAUAUUUGCUCAGGUUUUCAUUACAAGAGACUUCUCGUGUUCUUUCAUCAUAACUGAAUAUCAACCUUUGACUUGUCAUUAUCUUUGUUUCUUUUUCGUUAAAACAACAAAGCUGUCUGAUUAUAAUGUUAUCAGUCCGUAUGCUAUGACCAGAAACUUAUAGAACAUAUUUUUCAUAAGUUUUUAUUAUUACCACAUGCCAUUAUUUCUGUUAUAAAAUGAAUCAUUACAUAUAUUUUUUCUCUCUUUAGAAGAAAAUAUUUCUAUUUUUAUAGCAUAAGUUGGUAUAUUAUUAUAAGAAGAAAGAAAUUUCCACCUUAAGUAAGGCUAUUAGGAUUGUAAUCUCCGAGAUAAAGUAAAAUAAACAGUCAAGUACGGUGGCUCAGAGAGUUCAAAGUACGAAAAGAAAAGAAAAAUAGACAUCUGGAUGAUAAUGAGUUAGAUAAAUAGCAGUAAGGCCACUUGUAUUCUAACUGUUUUGCUUGAAAUUUUUUUUUGCAAGAAUUUGGGAGCAGUUUUUGCUUUAUGAUGCUUUAAAAAAUGUACUUAAGUUUGACUUUUACUUCCUCCAAUGCUGGUAUAUGUGUUGAAAAUAUAGUUUGAUUUUUUUUUACAAUUUUAUGGAAACCAUGAGCUCCAAAGUAUUAAAACAGAUUCACCAGAAUGAACAAAACUACAUUUGAAACAUCAUAAAGUUUCAUUUUGAGGCCUCUCCAAAAAUAUUUAUAACUCCAGCAUCCUGUUAAAGUUGCAGUCACAACUAGAAAACGUUUUUUAAUUCAUCAUAAUGACAUGUUAUAAUAAUUCUAGAGCACGGUCUUACCAGCUUUGCUAGAACCAUACUGAAAACAUCCUUUUUUCCCCCAAUUUUCCUUUAUAGUCGAGGACAAGAAAGUUUGUUAGGUUUAUGUUUGAACUAAUGUAGUCCAGGUUGGUGUUUUCUCUACAUUUUAAACAAGCACAACAAGCAUUUUAGCCUUACAGUUCUUCUGCUGUAAGCUUUUCCAUAUUGGUUACUCCAAAGAGGUGAAAAUUCCCCAAAAUAAAUGGGGUGAAUGUGUAUGUAGCCCAACUUUUCAUUUUAGAAUGAUGAGAAACUAUUCUUUUUCUGACAUAGAUUGGUUUUGUUCGUGACAAAAAGGUUUCCUGUCAAAACUGAAUAUUUUUUUUCUCAAAUACUGGGAAAAUAACUUCAUUAUAACAAGAUAAUUAGCUAGAAGCAAGAAAACAAGCGCCACAGAAGAUUAAAAAAAAACAUUUUUUAUGCUGUUGAUGAGAAAUGUUUUCUCUGCUUUCUUGUUGAAACUGUGUGACUUGAUAUGUAGUAAAAUACGUGAAGAAAAAUGUCACUUUAACAUGAAAAGUACCUUGUAAUGAUGUGAAAAGAAGUGACUGAGCCAAUAUUUUGUGUCACAAUGCUAAAUGGUAAACAGAUUUCUGGAGAAUUGCACAAAUUGCUGCCGUUUUGUUCCUACAGUAUUACUUUGCUUUGUUGAAACAGUCUGAUACUCAAAUGACAUAAAAACACCGUAGAGGUUGUACUUUCAUUCAUUGCUCUAAGCUGUACGUUGAGUUGCAAAGCUUUUCCAGAUCGUGUCUCGACAAUGUUGCACAUUAGAGUCACGAUCCUCCUGUGAUGAAGUCGUGUCACGUUCUGCUGUCUGAGUGGCUCUGUCACCACCGUGAGUCCGUUUGUUUGGUUACUGACUGUGCCUACUGUACGCCAUAUCCACGUUUUAUGUGGAAACCUUUCUAAUAAAGUGUCAUCUU